AUGGGAGUGGGGAAGCACCACUGGAGUGACCAGGACCAGACACCCGGACCACAGUUGACAGUUGACGAGCACAACGUCAAGCCGUUCCUGGCACAGUCACAGUCACCGUCACAGCCCGGUGCACGGAUUCCAUUCACGCUUUACCAUCUACUACUCCGUAUGCGUGCGACGGAGCCGGUUAAACUAUUGACGAUUGUGAUUAUUAAGGUACAGUGCGGAGUACCUCACUGUGCAUUAUUACUUUCCCACGACUUUGGCUUCAUUUCCUGCUCCAUCACGACAUACGAUAUGAUUAUGGAUCAAACUCCAACUGUGGGGAAUCGUGGCAUCCGUCCCCAUACAUACUCGGUACAUGUGAAGUUGACGCAGCGGCACAGACAUGACAAUGGCACCUCGACUCAUCAAUUCAGAAAGCCAGAACAAGCCCUGACAUUCGGGCGUCCAAGUCAUUUCAUCACGACAGUUCAUCAGUCUCGACUGUACCGUACGGCAUUGUUCUGGACUCAACUGUCUAUUCAGUACUCCGUACUUCGUACUAUGGCAUAA